AGUUUGAAGAUUAGAUUUGCGUUCGCGUCACGGACCGCAAGGCAGAGAUUUUAAUCAUCAUUCCUCGGUGUACCGAAGCAAAGACGUUGUCGAGGUCGACCACACUGGCAGAUUUGAAGUUAAUCUUCACGACGUAUCCAUGUUUGCGGAUCAGCGGCUCGCCUGUGCCCUGAAUUGGGCGCCUGCACGGGAGGCGACAAAACGCGGCACCGGCGACGGAAAUGUGCUUUUCAGACGAAAGAACAACUGGCCUUUCUUUUCCCCCCCAUGAUGAGACGUGAGCCAAGGAUGCGCGCCGGGGGCCAGUUUGUUGUGCUCGUCAGUGAUACGAGGACCGGCAAGAUGUCAGCAUGAGUUAUUUGGGGCAGGAAAAGUGAUAUCCAUGUACUUGAGGACCCCCGGGGGAGGACCAUGGCAAAGAGGAAAGGACUGUUACUGUCUCUGCUCUCCUUGAUAGCAGAGUUCUGGCUCAGUUGGCAGCAGGUCUUGAGGAUUGGUGGCAUCUUCGAGACGCUGGAGAACGAGCCAAUCGGUGUGGAGGAGCUGGCCUUUAAAUUUGCAGUGACCAACAUCAACCGGAACCGGACCUUAAUGCCAAACACCACGUUGACCUACGACAUCCAGAGAAUAAACCUGUUUGACAGCUUCGAGGCGUCCAGGAGAGCCUGCGACCAGUUGGCGCUGGGCGUGGGGGCCGUGUUCGGGCCCUCGCACAGCUCGUCGGUGAGCGCCGUCCAGUCCAUCUGCAACGCCCUGGAGGUCCCCCACAUCCAGACCCGCUGGAAGCAUCCGUCGGUGGACAACAAGGACAGCUUCUACAUCAACCUCUACCCCGAGUACACCUCCUUGAGUCGAGCGGUGCUGGACAUAGUGCAGUACUACAAGUGGAAGACGGUCACCGUGGUCUACGAGGACGCCACUGGUCUGAUCCGCCUGCAGGAGCUGAUCAAAGCUCCGUCCAGGUACAGCAUCAAGAUCAAGAUCCGCCAGCUGCCAAUGGGCAGCAAAGACGCGCGGCCGCUCCUGAAGGAGAUGAAGAAGGGCAAGGAGUUCUACGUCAUCUUCGACUGCUCCUACCAGACCUCGGCUGACGUGCUCAAGCAGAUCCUGUCCAUGGGCAUGAUGACGGAAUAUUACCACUUCUUCUUCACCACUCUGGACUUGUUUGCGCUGGACCUGGAGCCGUACCGCUACAGCGGCGUCAACAUGACGGGUUUCCGGCUGCUCAACAUCGACAACCCCCAGGUGGCCUCGGUGGUGGAGCGCUGGUCCAUGGAGCGACUGCAGGCUCCUUCCAAGGCUGAGACGGGAAUGAUGGAGGGCAUGAUGACGACGGAGGCGUCACUGAUGUACGACGCCGUCUACAUGGUGGCGGCCGCCUCGCAACGGGCCGCCCAGAUGACCGUCAGCUCGCUCCAGUGCCACCGCCACAAGCCCUGGCGCUUCGGCGCACGCUUCAUGAACAUGCUGAAAGACGCCCAGUGGAACGGCUUAACGGGACAAAUAAUCAUCAACAAGACUGACGGCCUACGGAAAGAUUUUGAUUUGGACGUGAUCAGCCUCAAGGAGGACGGCUUGGAGAAGAUAAUCGCGGGCAACAAUCGCCUGAAUAAAGUGUGGAAAAAGAUUGGCGUGUGGAACUCCCAAACCGGCCUUAAUUUAACAGAGAACAACAAGGACAAGUCCACCAACGUGACCGACUCCAUGGCCAACAGGACCCUCAUUGUCACCACUAUUCUGGAAAACCCUUACGUGAUGUACAAGAAGUCUGAUAAGCCGCUGUAUGGAAACGACCGCUUCGAGGGCUACUGCUUGGACCUCCUCAAGGAGCUCUCCAACAUCCUGGGCUUCUCCUACGAGGUCAAGCUGGUGUCAGACGGCAAAUACGGUGCCCAGAACGACAAAGGGGAGUGGAACGGCAUGGUGCGGGAGCUAAUUGACCACGUGGCCGAUCUGGCGGUGGCUCCCCUCACCAUCACCUAUGUCCGGGAGAAGGUGAUAGAUUUCUCCAAGCCCUUCAUGACUCUGGGGAUCAGCAUCCUCUACCACAAACCCAACGGCACCAAUCCGGGGGUUUUCUCCUUCCUCAACCCGCUGUCCCCUGACAUCUGGAUGUACGUGUUGCUGGCCUGCCUGGGUGUGAGCUGUGUGCUCUUUGUCAUCGCCAGGUUCACUCCCUACGAGUGGUACAACCCUCACCCCUGCAACCCGGACUCCGACGUGGUCGAGAACAAUUUCACACUCAUAAACAGCGUGUGGUUUGGCGUCGGAGCACUCAUGCAGCAAGGGUCUGAGUUGAUGCCCAAGGCCCUUUCCACGAGGAUUGUCGGUGGAAUCUGGUGGUUCUUUACAUUGAUCAUCAUAUCGUCCUACACUGCCAACUUGGCUGCCUUUCUCACCGUGGAGAGGAUGGACUCGCCCAUCGACUCCGCCGACGACUUGGCCAAGCAAACCAAAAUAGAGUACGGCGCCGUAAGAGACGGCUCCACUAUGACUUUCUUUAAGAAAUCCAAGAUCUCCACCUACGAGAAGAUGUGGGCCUUCAUGAGCAGCAGGAAAAACACCGCCUUGGUGAAGAACAACCGCGAAGGGAUCCAGCGGGUCCUCACCACCGACUACGCCCUGCUGAUGGAGUCCACGAGUAUCGAGUACAUCAGCCAGCGGAACUGCAACCUCACGCAGAUCGGCGGUCUGAUAGACUCAAAGGGCUAUGGCGUGGGGACUCCGAUUGGUUCCCCUUACAGAGACAAAGUGACCAUCGCCAUCCUGCAGCUCCAGGAGGAAGGCAAGCUGCACAUGAUGAAGGAGAAAUGGUGGCGGGGCAACGGCUGCCCCGAGGAGGACAGCAAGGAGGCCAGCGCUCUGGGAGUGGAGAACAUCGGGGGCAUCUUCAUCGUGCUGGCGGCCGGACUCGUCCUUUCCGUUUUCGUGGCGAUCGGAGAGUUUAUCUACAAGUCCCGGAAAAACCUGGACCUCGAGGAGGUCAGCGUGGGCCAGUGCGAGUGGCACAACAAGUAUUAGCGCGCGACAUUUGGGGACGCGCCGACGCAACACAACUUUGAGCCAUUCUACAGGAAAGCUGCAUUGUUACAAUCAGGACUUUUGAGUUUAGUGUUUGCAGUAGUUGUGAUGUAGAGCUCAUGGAUCUGAAGACAUGAAAACCCUUUUGGCAUCACGAUGCUUGACCAGGGCCUUUCUGUUCUACGGGAAGAAAUGUGUCAUUCCUGAUUUUGUAGGCAUUCAAACUCUUCUACCUGCUCAUGUAUUUGACAUUUACCCACCAUUACUCUUUCCAAAUGUCUUGUAUUUAUCGAGGUUCUUUGUGUUGAUUUUUUUUCUAUUAUUUUUGAGCAUGUCGGUGUCUCAUCAGCAUUGCUUCACCAAUGAGGAAAACAAAGUUAGGUAAGAAGAUUACAUCCUUUCAACCCUU